AGUGCGUGACUUUAAUUAUCACAGUGAAUGUACAUCGUAUGUGUUAAUAAAUUGAAGUAUAAUGCAUCCUGUAAUGGUGGCCAUUAGGAGUAAUAAUUAUGUGUAUUGGCAUACUUACGGUCGUACAGACCAUCAAUGAUAUUAAAACUGAAUUAUAGUGUACGUUAAUGUUAAAUUUAGAGAAAACACUAUGUAAAGUUUAAGUGUUUAUGUUAUGUGAGUGAGAGAUAAUAACCAGUGUCAAUAACAAUUACUUAUAUCAUGGCCCAAAAUCAAGGGGAUGUACAAGUUACACCGACCCAACCUGUUAAAGAUAAAGAUAUUUACGCUUGUCUUCCUGAUAUACGUACAAACGGUCCACUGGGGCCUGACGAGCCUUGUCCUGGUGGAGAGGAAUUGAGAUGGUUGCCUGCUCAGGCCACAGACAGAGAUCUUGUUAUGUACUUGAGGGCCGCACGUUCAAUGGCAGCGUUUGCAGGUAUGUGUGAUGGAGGUUCUCCUGAUGAUGGCUGUGUAGCAGCCAGUCGUGACGAUACUACUAUAAAUGCUUUAGAUGUCUUACAUGACUCGGGCUAUGAUCCUGGUAGGGCUCUACAAGCUCUCGUGAAAUGUCCCGUCCCAAAAGGAAUUGAAAAGAAAUGGACAGAGGAAGAGUCAAAACGAUUUGUUAAAGGUAUACGUCAGUUUGGAAAGAAUUUCUUCAAGAUUAAAAAAGAUUUACUUCCACAUAAAGAUACAGCAGAGUUGGUUGAGUUUUACUAUUUGUGGAAGAAGACUCCGGGUGCUAGUAGCAAUAGACCUCAUAGAAGGCGUCGUCAAGCAUCGUUAAGACGUGUACGUAAUACACGAAACUCACGUGCAGGAACACCAAAGGAACAAACUCCUGAAGCUACACCUACUGUGCCCGAUACAAAUGGUUCUCGUCCUUCACCUAAUCCGAAAGAGGCAGGAGAAAUGAGUUCAGUAACAGAAGAUGAAAAUUCUGAAGAUGAUAGUGAUUCGAGGGAGGCAGGGGACCUUGCUAAGGCUGAUAAUUGUAGAGGUGAUAAUCCAGACGAUUCACCCAGUAGAAUGAGAACAAGAAAUAAAUCAAAAGAACAAACUACACCAAGUGGUAAGAAAGGUCAAGAUGAAAGUGAUAAUGACACAAAAAUUAAGAAACCUACUAAACAAUCCACACAAAGUACAAAUAAUAAUAUUCAAGAGAAAGUUUUGUCUUCACCUUUGAGUAAAGAAAGUAAAAAGAAAGUCGCUGUUAAUGGUAAAGUGGAUGUGUCAAAAGUUAAAAAACGACUCCCAGAUGAUACAAAACCAGAAGGUAUUAUGGAUGGUGACGUUCAAAUGAAGAAAAAGAAAGCAGCGGAGCCACCUGAAAGUCCAUCAGAAAGCUUAACAAAUGAUAGUUUUCCCGCUAUGGAUGAAACAGAAAGUGCAGAGCCAGAACCUGAGGCUUGUGACUUUAGUUUUAACAAAACUGAUAAAGAAAAUUCAGAACAAAAUAAAGAAAGUGAACAAGAGCAACUGCAAAAGCCUGUAGAAUCUCAAGUAAAAGCUGAAUUAAAUUCUGAGCCUGUAAUAAAAACAGAAAAAGAUACUUUGCCUCCUAUCUAUAAAACAAUUCCUGAAAAGGAAGACAGAGCCGUAGACCUAAAAACUGAUUCAACUAAAAAUCAAAUGGAAAAUAUGGAGCAGAGAGUUCAUCCUCUUUUUCCUAAAACUGAACUUAUUAUACCUAAAGUUACACCUAUGUCUACAGAAGUCAUGGAGAAAAUUAAAAUUAAGGAAGAAAUCGAUACAGAAGAACAAUCACUUAAUUUACAAAAGGAGGACUUCCAGAAAGAUCCAUUAGCUCAUAAUUUUUCAGGACAUGCAUUAAGUCAAUCAAGCAAACCAUUAAAUUUAGAAAACACAAACUACUUUGUUAAAGAUAAUCAUAUGUAUAAUCCAAAACUUAAUCAUAACAUUAAAAUUGAAGGGGUUCCAAGCAAUAUUUUCAAUCCAGCCAUAUCCAAAGAAAACUCAAUUAUACGAAAUACAAAAGAUUUUACAAGUGGUAUGCCACCAUUUUCUUAUCCACCGAAUAUCAAUUUUGCUAAUGAUCCUAGUAAACACAAUCCUAUAAUUAAUCCUUUGAAAACAGUAAUAAAGCUAGAGCCAAGAGAUGAAACAAAUGAAAUGAAAAAUCAGAAUACAGCUGAAAUAUUUACUGCAACUAUAUCUACAGCAAACAAGGUGGAUUCCCCUAGUACACCUCGUUUAGAUUCUAUGCAGAGAAUCAGUCCCUCACCAACAAAUACAAGAGCAUCUUCUCCACCACAUAUGGAACAUCCAGUUACUACAAACACAGAACCUAUUUCACCUGCUAAUGCUCAAGAAAUGAAGCCUCAAGAAUCUGAUGUCGAAGAAAAACAACCCACAGACUUAAAAACGCAGCCAAUGUCAAAACUUGAUAAUCAAAAUGCCAGUUUAAGACCACCAAUAUUCCAACCAGCAUUAAGGCCAGAAAAUCUAGGUAUUAGGUCAACUGAAGCUUCUAGUACUCCAGUAUCUGGCCAAAAUAUGCCACCUCCACUUAGUCAACCGUCAAUUACUGGGCUAUUACCUCCAGGCCCCCUUAUAUCAGUUGGUGGUGCAUCUAAUGUUGGACCAUACAGUUUUAUGCCAGCAUCUUUAUAUGGACAUCCUGGACAUCCGGGCUUAGACAAACCUAGUUCUCUGCCACCCUUAAUGCAGCAAGUGCCUCCAUCUCAUGCUCUUCCUGCUUCAAGUUUGAUUUCUCAACAAUCUAAUCAAAAUGACCCAUCUAUGCCGCAAGAUCUUAAAAUAAAACAAGAGAUACCUGAUAAUAUGCCAGCAAAUUUAUCAACACAAAAUGUAUCUGAUCCUUUACAAUCACUUAAAGAAGUGAAAGUACCAGGGUAUCCUAUUGGAAGUGCAAUUGCUCAACACUUAAGCUCAGAAAGAGAUAGAGAAUCAAUAUCAAGUGUUGAAAACAGUAGCAGACCACCAAGUCAACCACCAAAUGAAAAUUCAAAUAUGCCAAGUGCUUUCCUUGGUCCAAGGAUAGAAAGUAUAAAGAAAGAACCAGAUUUCCUACACCAACCUCAUAUAACACCAGUGUCGACAAGUCAAGGAAGUGGAUCAGAUACAGGAAGUACAGCGCCGCCAGUUAAGAGUCCUCAUACACCUACUCCUAUAAAAAGUCAACCGAGUCAUAAUGGUACUCCUGGUCAUCCACACCCUUCAGCAACCACUUCGCCUUUUUCGAGGCAUUUAACAAGCCCAUCUCAGCCGAGACAAAUUUCAGCUUCACCUGUUCAACCACAUACUCCAGUAUCACAUUCAGCCCUUAAUUUAAUGAAUCCAACACCUCUCACAAUACCAGCGACAAUGUCUGGUCCAGUUAUACAUUCAAGUCAACAACAUGGACCUCCACCACCACAUCCAUUCGCUUCGCCUUUGCAUCAUCCUCAUCAUCCUUUACUUCACCCAUCGUCAAUUUUCCAGUUGUCUGCUGCAGCGGCAGCACAUGCAAUGCAUCCUUAUUAUUCACAUCCACAUCCUGGUUACUCCAUGCCUUAUCCUUAUCCAUAUGGACCAUUACCGCAACAUCACCCAAUACCACCAAUGCACCCACCUUCAAGUACUCCGGGGAGACAUGACCCAGUGAAACCAUCGACUAUUGAAUCCACUACUAUGCUCAGUGCUCAUCAUAGCACAAGCUCAUCUGUAACAACAAGAUCACUAAGAGAAAUUUCUGAAAGCUCAGAUGAUCCAAGAAACCCGAAUGCAACUACAGAAAGACACCAGUUGCAUGAAACGACAAUGACUCAUCAUCAUUCAACAAGCCAUCACAGUGCAGUUCAUACAAGUACUGAAAAACAACCCAGUCACGUUGGAGGAGGUACAAAUCAUACUUUGUCCAUUUCGCAUUCUACAUCUAGUAGUUCAUCGCAAUCUAUUCAACACAAAAUUAAUACACAACAAAAAUCCAGCUCUCAUUCAAGUUCUCCUCUUCAUUUAUCGGCAAGUGUUUCGCAAACAACUAGCAGUUCUUCAAGUGUUAAUGUUACGAAUAAUCAUACACAUCAUCAUUCGCAUCAUCUUGCACAUCACCCAGAACGGCUAUCUCCUGCGGAUUCAAUGUUACUUAGACAUCACCCUAAAAUGUUACCUGGUAACCCAAAUCAUCUUAUGAUUCAACCCCCUUCAAUGGGUCAUCCAGGUUUAAGUUUAGGUUUACCACCCGGUCCUGGUCCAAGCUCCAUUGAAAGCUUAAGACUGCAUGCUCAAGCUGCGGCGGGAUUGCAAUCAUCACAUCCCCGAUCAGGUUCUCCUCAUCAAUUACCACAUGGGCAUCCACAUUUACGUGGACCACAGCGACCAUUACCAGAUGAUAAUCCAGAAUUAAAACUCGAGACACAGUCUCAACCUGAAGAGGAAGAAAUUCCCAGUCCUGCUCACAUACCACAUGGACCUAGUCCAGAACCGAAGAUUGAAGAUACUGAAUGUCACAGAUCACAAUCUGCUAUAUUUUUAAGACACUGGAACCGAGGAGAUUACAAUUCGUGUACUCGUACUGACCUGAUAUUUAAACCUGUUCCGGAAUCAAAACUUGCUCGCAAAAGAGAAGAAAGACUUAGAAAGCAAGCUGAAAGAGAUAGAGAGGAAAGAGAAAAGAUUGCACAGCAAGCUCAUAGAAAAAUUGCUACACCUGAAAAGCCGGAAACAAAACCGCCAUCUCGGGGUGCUAUUGAAACGAUAACCUCUCCAUAUGACAGAUUUCCCCGGCCACCCGGAUAUCCAGAUACUCCAGCUUUACGACAAUUAUCAGAAUACGCUCGGCCACAUGCAGGUUUUAGCCCAGGUAAUAUUCCUCGACAUUGCAUGGACCCAAUGCUGCAGUAUCAAUUAAGUUCUAUGUAUGGGGCUGCUGGCGCCAGAGAGAGACUAGAACUUGAACACCUAGAAAGGGAAAAACGAGACAGAGAAAUAAGAGAGCUACGAGAACGUGAAUUAAACGACCGAUUAAAGGAAGAACUACUUAAAAAUAACGUUGGACCUCGCGCUUUGGAUCCACACUGGAUUGAAAUGCAUAGGAGAUAUGGUAUGCCUCCUCCGCCUCCACAAGGAGCAAUUCCUGUACAGUUUGGACUAUAUCCACCAGGUCAUGGGCCUGCAGCACUUUCUCAGUUAGAAAGAGAACGGCUUGAAAGACUCGGAAUUCCCCCUGCGGGGGCGGCGGGUCCUCCGCCAUCAGUACCAGUGUCAGGAGCACCAUCACAUCAUCCUCAUCAUCCACAUCCUGGAGUGGCAGCUGCACAGUUAGAGGCUGCGGAAAGACUAGCGCUAGCUGCAGAUCCUAUGGUGCGGUUGCAAAUGGCAGGAAUAAAUCCGGAAUAUCAUGCACACACUCAUGCUCACACGCAUGCACACUCUCAUACGCAUUUACACCUCCAUCCAGGGCAACAAGCCGCGCAAGCGCAACAAGAUGCUUUAGGUUUGAGUCUCGGUGCAGGCGCACCUUAUAGACCAUUGCCACAUCCAGACCUCUUAGGCAGGCCGUAUGCCGAACAGCUGGCUCAGCAAGCCGCCGCCCAUGAGCAGUUGCAACGACAACUGUUGCUCGAACGCGAACGAGGCUUUUUACACCCAGCUCACCACGAAGACUUCCUCCGGCAGCAGCGUGAGCGUGAGUUGAAGGUGAGAGCACUAGAAGAGGCGGCGCGGGCGUCGCGACCGUAG